AUGUCGUCGGCCGAUUACGCGUGCCGACUGAAAUUGUUGCGAGCCGACGUCUCGCCGGAUUUGCUGCCGGCCGGCUGCGCGCCCAACGACUUGCAGGCGGCCGUCAACGUGAAAGAGCGCGUCGACGUCGACGGCGAAUCGCGUCUCGUCCAGAAGAAGAAGACGCUCUAUCCGGAAUGGGAGAAGUGUUGGGAUACGGCCGUCGCCGAGGGACGCAUCAUUCAAAUCGUGCUAAUGUUCAAUCAGACGCCGGUCGUCGAAGCAACAAUGCGACUCGAGGUGAGCGCAAUCAAAAAAAAAGCGUGGGAUAUCAUCUCGAAAUGCAAAAGUGACUCAAUCACGCAUAUCUGGAUCAACACGAAACCUGGUGGACGAAUUUUGGCGCAGACACGCCAUAUCAAAAACGCCCCCGAUGAUGACAACCCGAUAGACGACAUCAUGACGAGUCGCAACAAUUCGGGUCCCGGCUUGCAGCGUCGUCGAGGCGCCAUCAAACACGCGCGCGUCCACGAGAUUCGCGGCCAUCAAUUCGUCGCCACAUUCUUCCGCCAAUUCCAUUUCUGCUCGCUAUGCUCCGAUUUCAUGUGGGGCCUCAACAAGCAGGGCUACCAAUGCCAAUUGUGCUCGGCGGCCGUCCACAAAAAAUGCCACGACAAAGUGAUCAUGCAAUGUCCGGGAAGCGCGAAGAACACGAAGGAGACGAUCGCGUUGAAGGAGCGCUUCAAAGUCGACAUUCCGCAUCGGUUCAAAGUCUACAAUUUCAAAUCGCCAACGUUCUGCGAUCAUUGCGGCUCGAUGCUCUACGGGCUGUUCAAGCAGGGCCUCAAAUGCGACGUGUGCAACGUGGCGUGCCAUCACAAAUGCGAGAAGCUGAUGUCGAACUUGUGCGGCGUCAAUCAGAAGCAGCUCUCCGAGAUGUAUCACGAGAUCAAACGCGGCACACACGCGACAAGCAGCAGUCCGCCGAACAUCGCCAAUUUGCAAUUGAACGGCGACGCGUCGAAGAACGCGACCGGCAGCCUGCCGGCGAAACUCAAAAGCCUAUUCCGAACGCAUCAGUACAGCAUCGAGGAGACGCACAAAGACGCCGACGACUACACCGACAAUAUUUGGGCGGGCGGCGGCGAUGGUCCCGUGCGCAAGUUCGCUCUGCAACACUUCAAUUUGCUCAAAGUGCUCGGCAAAGGCUCGUUCGGAAAGGUCAUGCUUGUUGAGCUCAAAACGCGAAACGAGUUCUACGCGAUGAAGUGCCUCAAGAAGGACGUGAUCCUUGAAGACGACGACACCGAAUGCACGUACAUCGAGCGACGCGUUCUCAUUCUCGCUAGCCAAUGCCCAUUCCUCUGCCAGCUGUUCUGCUCGUUUCAGACGAACGAGUAUUUGUUUUUCGUCAUGGAAUAUUUGAACGGCGGCGAUUUGAUGCAUCAUAUUCAACAAGUGAAGAAGUUCGACGAGGCGCGCACAAGAUUCUACGCGUGCGAAAUUAUUGUUGCGCUACAAUUUUUGCAUUCAAACAGCAUUAUUUACAGGGAUCUCAAACUUGACAACGUUCUUCUCGAUUCGGAUGGACAUAUAAAGCUGGCCGAUUUCGGAAUGGCGAAAACCGAGAUGAAUCGCGAGAACGGCAUGGCGAGCACGUUCUGCGGCACACCCGACUACAUCAGUCCCGAAAUCAUCAAAGGCCAAUUGUACAAUGAAGCCGUCGAUUUUUGGUCGUUCGGCGUAUUGAUGUAUGAAAUGCUUGUCGGACAAUCGCCAUUCCACGGCGAAGGCGAAGACGAGCUGUUCGAUUCGAUUCUCAAUGAGAGGCCCUAUUUUCCGAAGACGAUUUCCAAAGAAGCGGCGAAAUGCCUAUCGGCGUUGUUUGAUCGCAAUCCGAACACCCGAUUGGGAAUGCCUGAAUGUCCCGACGGACCGAUUCGACAGCACUGCUUCUUCCGUGGCGUCGAUUGGAAGCGAUUCGAAGCGCGUCAGGUGCCGCCGCCGUUCAAACCAGCCAUUAAAAACUCGUCGGACGCCUCGAAUUUCGACGACGAUUUCACCAACGAGAAGGCGCAACUGACGCCGGUGCACGACAAAAACCUGUUGGCGUCGAUCGAUCCCGAAGCAUUUUUGAAUUUCUCCUACACCAAUCCGCAUUUCUCGAAAUAG